AUGGAGAAAAAUAAUAUUUCAUCUUCUUCUGCAACUCCAUAUACUCAGGCAGAUUCUGAUAUUAGUAAAGCAUUUUCUGCAGUUAGGAAGUUAAGUCAUUACAAUGAAGUUGGAAUAAGACCUAAUCGUUUUGAUAGAGAACGCCGUCACCAUAGAAAACGUACUCAUCGUACUGAACAUCAGAUUAGACGGACAAGGAUGAUGAAUGGUGCUAAUGCACCACCAAGAUAUGUACAUUGUAGUGAUUGGAAAGAAAUGUUAGCUGUUACAAAUGAAUCUAAAAAAGAUGAAAAUUUACUGGUAGAUAAGAUUGUUGAAGCAAAAAAAAUAAAUGAAGAGGAAUACAAUGACUGUGAAACGUCAAUUCAUAGUAAAAAAGAUGAUAAUGAGGAGAAAGAUUCUGGAAGUUAUAGGAGUAUUUCAAAUAUUGUUCAUAGUUUUGGUAGGAAUUCUAAAGAUUCAGAUCAUAUUAUGAGUGAUAAUUUUAUUGAGAAAAUUUUUAAAAAAAGAGAAUGUUCUCAGUUUAUUUCAACUGUAAAAGAUGAAGAAAAAUGUGGAUGUGGAAGAUUAAAAAAUGACCAUUAUAUUCAUGCUUUUGAUGAAAUAGUAAAAUCAAAAAAGAAUGGUCUUGAAAAAUGGAGUAUAAGAAAGCAUACAGUUCUCUGUCCAACUGAUGCAUAUGGUACCAUUGAAUUUCAGGGUGGUCCUCAUCCUACAAAAGCAAAUUAUAUAAGAUUAUCUUUUGAUUCUGAUCCUGCAGAUAUAGUUAAAUUAUUUGCAAAUGUUUGGAAAAUACCACCACCAAAAUUAAUUAUAACAAUUCAUGGAGGAAUGACUAAUUUUGACAUUCAAACAAAAUUAACAAGAGUAUUUAGGAAAGGUUUACUUAAAGCUGCACGAACAGCAGGUGCAUGGAUUAUUACUUCAGGUAUUAAUGCUGGUGUUGUUAGACAUGUUGCUGCAGCAUUAGAUGGUGGAGCAUCAUUAGUUGGAAAAGGAAAAUCAAAAAUAGUUACUAUAGGUGUUGCACAGUGGGGUUUAUUAAAAAAACGUGAUAGUCUUAUUGGACAAGAUUGUGUAGUACCAUAUCAUCCUCAUAGUUUUUCAACAAAAGGAAAACUUCAAGUAUUAAAUAAUCGUCAUUCAUAUUUUUUACUAGUUGAUAAUGGAACAGUUGGAAGAUAUGGAGCUGAUAUAAUUUUAAGAAGACGUUUAGAAAGUUACAUUGCUCAGAAACAAAAAGUUGGUGAAGGAAAUAGAGGAGUUCCAAUUGUUUGUGUUGUAUUGGAAGGUGGUACAUGUACAAUUAGAACAGUAUUAGAUUAUGUAGCAAAUAUACCUAGAGUUCCAGUAGUUGUUUGUGAUGGAAGUGGUAGAGCUAGUGAUUUAAUUGCUUUUGCUCAUAGAUUUGUUCUUGAUAAUGGUCAACUACCUGAAGGUGUUCAACCUCAACUUUUACAUCUUAUUCAAAAUGUAUUUUUUUACAGUAAACCAGAAUCAGAAAAUUUAUUACUUGAUUUAUUAGAAUGUGUAAAAGAUAAAAAAAUGAUAACUGUUUUCAGGUUAGGUGAAUCACAUAAACAAGAUGUUGAUCAUGCAAUUUUAACAGCUUUAUUAAAAGGUCAGAAUCUUUCAGCUCCAGAACAAUUAUCACUAGCUUUGGCAUGGAAUCGUGUAGACAUUGCCAAAUCAGAUAUAUUUAUUAUGGGUCAACAUUGGCCUCCUGGUGCUUUAAAUAAUGCAAUGCUUGAAGCAUUAAUUCAUGAUAGAGUUGCUUUUGUUAGAUUAUUACUUGAAAAUGGUGUUAGUAUGAGUAAUUUUUUAACAAUUGAAAGAUUAGAAGAUUUGUAUAAUACAGAUAAAGGACCACCAAAUACAUUAUAUUAUAUUGUAAGAGAUGUUGUAAAAAUUCGUAGUGGAUAUAGGUAUAAAUUACCUGAUAUAGGUUUAGCAAUUGAGAAGUUAAUGGGAUAUGGUUUUAGAAGUACAUAUACUUCAAAAGCAUUUAAAGAUGUCUAUAGAAAUUAUAAGAAAAAUAAAGCUAAUUAUAAAUUUCCUAGAAACUCAGGUUUUUCACAAGGAAAAACUUAUGAAGAUAAUAUUCCAUCUCAUGGAAGUGUUUGUUCUCCUGUUAUUGAUUCAGCAUCUCCUUUAUUAGAUAACAGUCUUCCAGAAACUUUAAUCACUGCAGGAAAUAGAGCAUUAGGUAAUCAUAUCAUUUGGAGGUCUGUUUUAAGACGUGAUAAUACCUCAACUGGUCAAAUGGAACCACCUGUAUUAGUUAAUAAUGAUUAUGAUGGUGAUGACGAUGAUAAUAGUAACACAUGUAAUGAUAAAAAUGAAUUUGAAUUUAGAUAUCCUUUUUCGGAUCUUUUAAUUUGGGCAGUUUUAACUAAACGUCAUGAAAUGGCUUUAUGUAUGUGGGAACAUGGUGAAGAAGCUAUGGCAAAAAGUUUGGUUGCCUGCAGGAUAAAUAAGGCACUAUCAAAAGAGGCUGCGGAGGAUUACCUUGAGGUAGAAGUUUGUGAAGAAUUGAAACAGUAUGCUGAAGAUUUUAGAGAACUAUCAUUAGAGUUGUUGGAUCAAUGCUAUCGAAUGGAUGACGCUCAAACUUUACAAUUAUUAACAUAUGAACUUAGUUAUUUUGGCAAUGAAACUUGCCUAAGUUUAGCAGUUUUGGUUAAUAAUAAACAAUUUUUAUCUCAUCCCUGUUGUCAAAUAUUACUUGCAGAUCUUUGGCAUGGUGGUUUAAGAAUUAGAAGUAAUUCUAAUCUUAAAGUUAUCCUAGGAAUAUUGUGUGUUCCUACAAUAUUUUUCCUUGAAUUUAAAACUCGUGAAGAAUUAUUAUUACAACCACAAACAGCUGCGGAACAUGAAGAAGAUAUUAAUGAUUAUGAUUCAUCAACCAGUGGUUCAUCAAGCAGUGAGUCAAGUGAUUCAGAAUCUUCAGAUGAUUUUGAAGAAGAUGACAAAUAUGACAAUGAUAGUGUUAAAAAAAGAUAUUCAAGUGAAAGUGUUCAAUCAAUUAAUUUGACAAAUUUUUUUCAUGGUAGGAAAAAAAAACGCCAUAAUACAUUUAGUUCAUCUGGCCCAACAUCAAAUAUAGUUUAUUCAAAAGAAUACCAAGCAGCUGAACAAAGUCAGAAAAUGUCUUUAUCUCAUAAUGAUAAUUUUAAAAAAAAAAUAAGUUCAACAAAAGAUAAAGAAGUAUUAGAUAAUGAAUACAGAUUAGAUAUUGAAUCAUUGAAUGAUAAAUACAUAAACGCUAAAGGAGUUUCUUCUUCUUAUUUAAAAAAUAGGAUUGGUUCCAAUGAACAUUUUAUGAAUUUUAUAAAUGCAAAACAAAGUGAUGGAAUUAAAGCUAUGACUAUAGCUAGAAGUAAACAGAUCAAAACGCAAAGAAAAAUUUAUGAAUUUUGUUCUGCGCCAAUAACAACAUUUUGGACUUGGUGUCUAAGUUUUAUAUUUUUUCUAAUUAUCUAUGCUUAUACUCUUUUGAUUAAGACUCCACCUACUUUGAAUCUCCUUGAUACUUUUCUUACUUUAUAUGUUUUUUCAUUUGGAUGUGAACAUGUAAGAAAAUUUGUAAUGUCAGGACCAAAAAGAUAUAAAGAAAAAUUUGGGUAUUUUUUUAAAAAUAUGUGGUAUUUAUUAACAACAAUGGCUAUAAUUGGGUAUCUUACCGGUCUUGGAAUUCGUGCUUUCUUACCACAAUAUCGUGCUUACGGACGUGUUGUUUUAUCAGUAUCAUCAGUUUUUUGGACUUUAAAAUUAUUAGAUUUUCUUAGUGUUCAUCCAAAAUUUGGUCCAUACAUUACAAUGGCAGGGAAAAUGAUUCAAAGUAUGUCAUAUAUAGUGGUAAUGCUUGUAGUAUCACUUCUUUCAUUUGGCUUAGCACGACAAGCCAUCACUUUUCCUAAUGAAAAUUGGAAUUGGAUUCUUGUAAGAAAUAUUUUUUAUAAACCAUAUUUUAUGUUAUAUGGUGAAGUUUAUGCUCCAGAAAUUGAUGAGUGUGGGGAUUAUGCAUGGGAUGAACAUAUUAAUCAGAGUAAAUCUAUAGAUGAAGUUUUCAAUGCAAAUGGAAAAUGUGUUCCUGGAUAUUGGAUAACUCCAAUUCUUAUGACAAUAUUUCUUCUUAUAUCAAAUAUUUUACUUAUUAGUAUGCUAAUAGCAAUUUUUAACAAUAUUUUUGAUGCAACAGAUAAAAUUUCUCAACAAAUUUGGCUUUUCCAACGAUAUCGUCAAGUUAUGGAAUAUGAAAGUACACCUUUUUUGCCACCACCAUUUACUUUAUUUUAUCAUUUAUAUAUGUUAUUUAAAUAUACUAAACAUACCAUUAGAAAACAUAUGAUUAAUCAUAAGUUUUUUAAAAAGUUUUUAAAAAAACAAUAUGAUAAAGAAAAGUAUGAAGAAGAUAGACUAUUUGAUUAUAGUUUAAAAUUAUUUUUAAAUCUUGAUCAAGUAGAAAAAUUACAUGAUUUUGAAGAAGAAUGUAUGGAUGAGUUACAUAGACAAAAAGAGUAUAAAAAAAAUGUAUCAACAGAUGAAAGAAUAUUAAGAAUUGCUGAAAGAAGUGAACAAUUAGUUUAUAAAUUUAAUGAUAUUGUUAAUAAAGAAAAUAAUAUGAAUAAUUCUUUAAGAGAUAUGGAAUCAAGAAUUGAAACUUUUGAGGCUAAUCAAACAGAGUUGUUGUCUUUGGUAAGACAAUUAGUAUUACAAAGUAAACCAUCUUUUCAUAAUAAUAAAUGUUUCACACCAGGACCAAUUGAUGAAAAUGGAACACCAUUUCAAGAUGUAUCAUCUACUUUACAAAAUCAGCAAUUAAUAGAGGAAGAAUUUAUAGAUGAAAAUGUUUCAGAAAAUGGUGAUUAUUCUAUGACAAAUUUAGUAAAAUCAAAUAAUGAUGAAAUGGAAAUGAAGCGUAGGUUUAGGACAAAUACAUAUUCAGAGAAUGAGAUACCUGAAAGUCCUUCAAUACACAAUAAAAAUAAAUUAUCUGAUUUAGAAACUAAUCCUCAUUUAGGAAGUAGAAUUUCUCUUGAUCAUCGUCUGUUUUCAUCAACACCACCAGGAACCUCUUCUUUCAAACAUGGAAAACUUUUAAGUCCUCAUGAAACAAUGAGAAGACAUAGAAGAAAUGAUGAGUAUACCUCUAUUACUGAUACUAUUUCAGUUGUUAAUAAUUAUCAUAAUUCUAAUCUAACAAGAAAUAAUGACAAACAAGAUAAUAAAGAAAUUUUAGAUAUAACCACUGAAAAUGAUGUUGAUAGUGAAUAUGAUUUUGAAGAAGGUGACAAUGAAGGAUAUGUAUUUUAUUGUAAUGCUAAUACAUCUACUCUUAAACGUGCAAAUCCUUCUUUUGUCAAUAGACAGAAUGAUGUUUUUAGACAAUUAGAAGAAGAAAUUGGAAUUCGUGAUUCCUGUGAAACAAGUGAAUGGGAAGGUACCUCAUCAAGAGCUUCUAAAAGGAAUUCAAACGGUUGUGAUGACUUAGAUAAUGGUAUUCGUUUUACUGUAAAAAAUUCUGACAAAAUGGAAAAUAAUACACCGUAA